CAGUUCGCGUAUUAAAGCAGUUGCAGUAUAGCUCCCCAGCGUGCUGCGUAGUUCGGCCGAGAACAGUAGCUGUUGUUCGAUCAUUUUACGUGUGUGGUUAUUGUCGGUGCCAGUAUACCUGAGGUUAGUUAAAUUAGCAUAAAAACCUCGUGUCUUUUGAAAUCAGCACUACACGUAACUGCCUGGUCCUGACAUGUCAACGCGAAAGCGAAAAUUGCCUUUGGCUUCGAAAGCAAAAGCUGAUGAUCUAAUCAACAGAGGGACUGGGAAACGAUUGCAACAGGCUAUCGCUUCCCAAGAGGGGGGCGAUGUAGAUGCGGUUAAAACGCCGAAUGAACUCUGCAGUCCUUACUUCCUAACUGGAAGCAUGAAAAGAGUCAGGCUUGGUCAAGAUUUUUAUGACCAACCUUGUGUGAAUUUGGCGAAAGCUUUUCUGGGCAAAGUGCUGGUAAGGCGUCACGCUGAUGGCGUUGAACUUAGAGGCCGGGUAGUGGAAACAGAGGCUUAUCUGGGUGGUGAGGACAAAGCCUCCCACUCAGCAGGAGGGAAACGUACAGAGAGAAAUAUGGCAAUGUUCAUGAAACCGGGCACCAUCUACGUUUAUCCUAUCUACGGCAUCUAUCUCUGCAUGAAUAUCUCCAGUCAGGGGGAGGGAGCGGCCGUGCUGCUGCGUUCUCUGGAGCCCCUUCAGGGCCAAGCCGUGAUGAGGGGGCUGCGAGCGGCCAAGAGGAGGGAGGGGGCGAGGGCCUUAAAGGACAAAGAGCUUUGCAACGGCCCUUCCAAGCUGUGUCAGGCGCUGGACAUUCAACGGCGCUUCGACCGUAGGGACCUGGUCACCGACGCGGAGGUGUGGUUCGAGAGGGACCCCGAGGAAGCGGGAGCAGGUGCCCAGGACGUGGUCUCCGCCCCGCGUGUCGGCGUCGAGUCCCACGGGGAGUGGGCUACAAAACCCCUCCGUUUUUACCUCCGUGGACACCCCUGCGUGAGCGUAAUCAACAGAGACGCAGAACGCAGAACACAACCAGACUUACACUUAAAUACUUAUGAUGUAUAA